GUUGCCAUGGCUCCGGAAAGCCGGGGGAGCCCAAUGAGCUGUCUGCAGCAGUGCUGAAAGGACCAGCCAUUUUGCUUAUGGAAAACAAUGUGACACGUUAUGCUGUGCUUUACCGGGGAAUAAACACAAAUCUCGUCGGAGGGACCAAAAGAAACGGGCAUAUUAGUGAGUAAUUAGAGUGGCUUAGCCUGCUUACAAGCUGCCAUUUUGACAAGCGGGUGACUGCCGCUCCUGCUAGCUGACCGGAGGAGGUGGAAUGCAGCGUGAUAAUGCUGCAUAUCUGCUGUCAGGCAGCGGAGUGGGGUUUUGUCUUGUAAAGGCAAGGUUUCUCUGCAAUGUUAUCUCGGCGGCUCGCUAGCUGCUCCGAGUGAAAGCCUGUGAUCCAGGAGAAGGGUGUUGCCCUUCCUUCUGCUGCUCUUGUGCGCUGCUGGCUCCGGGAAACGGGCGCUACGGGAAAGGCAGGUGUGCGGUUCAUCUGGGCUCGGCACUGCGGACUGGGCAGGAGCCCUUUCUCAGGCUUAGGUGCUGCUUAUUAGCAGAUUGGCUUAGGAGCGCUUAAACGCCUCUGGACACCCCCACAAAAGGAAGCUGCUGUGCAUCUCGGCUUGUGUGAGAGAGAGCUAUUUGUAAAUCAAAUCAGUGACUGUCAGUAAUGGCUGUGGAGGUGCUGCAAUAGAAUCUGGUGUGGAGGAAGAAUUUAAAUGAGUUAGAGACUCUUGCAUGUGAGCUAAAUUAAUUUCUUUAGAGAAACCUUCAUAAAGGGCUAAAUAAAGACCUACAUAUAGAGAAAUUUCUUACUUCCCUCGCAUUUGAGACACAGCUGAACUUGUCCGUCUGGCAAUCUGAAGACUUUUAUAGCAAAUCCUCCACUGUCAAAAUGAACACAGAUAGCGGUGGGUGUGCUCGCAAACGUGCUGCAAUGUCUGUCACAUUAACAGCUGUGAAGAGAGUUCAGAGUUCUCCAAACCUAUUGGCCUCAGGGUCUGAUCCUCAAUCACCAGAUUCAGCUUGGAGAUCUUACAAUGAUGGAAGUAGAGAGACACUGAAUGGAGAUGCCUGCAGUUCAUCCCUUACAGCAAAAGGUUUUAGGAGUGUGCGGCCAAAUCUGCAGGAUAAAAAAUCACCAACUCAGGCUCAGAUCACCGUGAAUGGGAACUCUGGCACUGCUGCCAGCCCAGUGAGUCACUUUCAAAGGCCUUUUUCCCCUUCUUCAGCUUACCCUCCACCAGCUUCGCUCAAUUCCAACAUUGUUAUCAUGCAGCAUGGCAGGAUGAUGGAGUCCACAGAGACAUACUCACAGCAUGUUCAGACCGUUGGCAGCACCACCACCAGCAGUACAAUACCAAUCUGUAGAUCCUCAGAAGAGGAAAAAAAAAUUACAGUCAUUAAAGCUCCACAUUAUGCAGGGAUUGGCCCGGUAGAUGAAUCUGGAAUCCCUACAGCAAUUAGAACGACAGUUGACAGGCCAAAGGAUUGGUACAAGACAAUGUUCAAGCAAAUCCACAUGGUUCAUAGGCCUGAUGACGACACAGAUGUGUAUAAUACUGCAUAUGCAUACAGUGCUGGUAGCUACAGUCCAUCCUUCUCUGCUCAGGCACACCCAGCUGCAAAGACACAGACAUACAGGCCGUUGUCUAAAAGCGCUUCUGACAGUAGUUCUGACGCCUUUAAGGUUUCAUCCCCUGUACCACCUCCACAUGUGCCACCUCCAGUACCACCACAUCGUAUGAGGGAAAGGUCUACAGAAAAAAAUGACUGGGAUCCCCCUGACAGAAAGGUAGACACCCGCAAGUUCCGUUCUGAACCAAGAAGUAUUUUUGAGUAUGAGCCAGGAAAGUCAUCAAUCCUUGAACAUGAAAGACCGACUGAUCGCAUAAACCCAGAUGACAUAGAUUUAGAAAAUGAGCCCUGGUAUAAAUUCUUUUCAGAGCUGGAGUUUGGACGUCCGCCACCUAAAAAGCUUUUGGACUAUGUUCAAGACAGUUCUUCUGGUGUUUCCAAUGAGACUUCCUUGUAUCAUCACUAUUCAACAGACAAAGGCCUGGACAGGCCCUCUAGUUCUGCGAGUACUGCGAGUGACUACAGAAAAAGAAGGAAGUCAGAACCUGCUGUAAGUCACCAGAGGGUCCACGGUGAUCAGAAUGCAAACAGGCCUAGCCCGGGCCGUACAGAUAUGCAAGGCCCAUAUACCACUCUUAGAAAGCCUUUAACUAGUUCAUCUCCUUCUUCUCCAUCAAGAGCAAAAGGUGGGGAUAUUAGCAAAGUAUAUCCAUCCCUUUUAAGUUAUUCAGUGCACAACCACAACACCUCAAAUGAAUUAGAUUACUGUAGCACUUACAGACAGCAUUUAGCUGUUCCAAAUGAUUCAAGAAGGGCGGUCAGCUACAAGAAUGGCUGGCAAAUGACUCGUCAAAAUGCAGAAGUCUGGAGCAGCACAGAAGAAACUGCUUCUCCAAAGAGAAAAUCUCGUAGCUGCGAUGAUCUUUUAACAGAUGACCGCGAUAGCUUUCCCGACGCACAGGCCAAGUCUGAAAGCAUGGGCUCUCUGUUAUGUGAGGAGGACUCCAAAGAAGUUUGCUCUAUGAACUGGGCCUCCCCAUAUGUUGAGGGCCACGGUAGUAGCAGGUCAAGAGUUCGUCACAGAUCUGCACACGAUGCCCCAGGCUUCCUAAAAAUGUACAAAAAGAUGCACCGCAUCAAUCGCAAGGACUUGAUGAAUUCUGAGGUGAUUUGUUCUGUGAAGUCCAGAAUACUGCAGUAUGAAAAAGAGCAGCACAAAGGUAUUCUUCAAGGCUGGAGGGAGUCUUCUACUGAAGAGGUGCCCAGGGACAUGGUGCCAACCAGAAUAUCUGAAUUUGAAAAAUUAAUUCAGAAGUCAAAAUCAAUGCCGAACCUAGGUGACGAAAUGUUGUCAACUGUUACACUAGAGCCUCCUAAAAAUGGCUUGUGUCCAAAGAGGAGAUUUUCUAUUGAAUCCUUGCUGGAAGAAGAAAAUCAAGGCAGACAUCCUACUCAGGUACAACAGAGCUAUAAAUCUAAAACUCUGGUGCCAAUUCAUAUUGAAGUGACUAGUGAUGAGCCACCACGAUCGCAUAUGGAUUUUUCAGACAGUGACCAAGAUGGAAUGGUUUCUGACCUCAGUGACUUUAUCCAAAUAGAGGGUUCAUCUUUUUGCAGUGAAAGUGACUUUGACCACUUUUCCUUCACAUCAUCUGAAAGCUUUUACGGAUCAGGCCAUCACCACCACCACCACCACCACCACCACAGGCAUCUCAUCAGCUCCUGCAAAGGACGAUGUCCAGCAUCCUACACUCGCUUCACCACCAUGCUAAAACAUGAAAGGGCUAAACAAGAAAUCCCUGAGGAUCCAAGGAGACAGGAAGCAGAAUCUGGCCUCUCUAAGAUAGCAUUCCUAGUCAGUCCAGUGCCUUUCCGGAGGAAAAAAAGUGCAGCUCCUAAAAAACAAACUGAAAAGAAAAAAGGCAAGUCAUCUGUAUUUGAAGCACUAGAUUCUGCACUUAAAGACAUCUGUGACCAAAUUAAAGCUGAGAAAAGAAGGGGAAGCUUGCCUGACAACAGCAUAUUACACAGACUUAUUACUGAGCUGCUUCCAGAUAUUCCAGAAAGGAAUUCCUCCCUUAAAGCUCUGAAAAAGAGACCAACGCACCAGCCUUUUCAUCCACUGCCUCAAGAUGGUGCUAUCCAUUGCCCACUAUACCAGAAUGAUUGUGGAAGAUUACCUCUUAGUGCCUCUUUUCCAGACAUGGAUGCAACUAACAACAAUGAUAGUGCACUGUGUUUCGAAGACCAGGAAUCUCCUGGAAGCUAUUCUUCUGCUUUCACUGAUGUGGGAAGAUGUACUCCAAAGGAGAGAAGAGGAACUACAGACAAAGAGAAACUGCCAGCUAGAGCUGUGUAUGACUUUAAAGCUCAGACUUCUAAAGAGCUGUCCUUUAAGAAAGGAGAUACUGUCUAUAUCCUCAGGAAAAUUGAUCAAAACUGGUAUGAGGGUGAGCACCAUGGAAGAGUUGGAAUAUUCCCAAUUUCUUAUGUUGAGAAACUUUCUCCCCCAGAAAAAGCACAGCCUGCCAGGCCACCUCCCCCUGCACAGAUUGGAGAGAUUGGAGAAGCUGUUGCCAAAUACAAUUUCAAUGCAGACACAAAUGUGGAGUUAUCACUUCGAAAGGGAGACAGAGUAAUUCUUCUUAAGCGCGUUGAUCAAAACUGGUAUGAAGGUAAAAUACCAGGAACCAACAGACAAGGCAUCUUCCCUGUUUCCUAUGUAGAAGUCAUGAAAAAGAAUGCAUCCAAAAGUGUUGAGGACUACCCUGAUCCUCCAAUCCCCCAAAGCUAUUCUAGUGACAGAAUACACCAUUUAAGCUCAACUAAGCCACAACACCCUGUGCUUGCUCAUGACAACAUACACGGUGGGGGGAAACCGUUUCAGGCUCUAUAUAACUAUACUCCUAGGAAUGAAGAUGAAUUGGAGCUCAGAGAGGGAGAUGUCAUUGAUGUGAUGGAAAAAUGUGAUGAUGGAUGGUUUGUGGGAACCUCAAGAAGAACCAAAUUCUUUGGUACUUUCCCUGGAAACUAUGUCAAGAGGCUGUGAAAUAUUUUUUUUCCUACUUAUUUAUGCUGCAUCUCUGCAACACAUCUGCAUAAGGCUGCUAGAAAACAUGCUCCACUGGCCUUCUGUUUUCUUGCUUGCAGUCUCAAAUAGAGGCCAUCUAGUUCAUCCUCAUCCCAUCCCACCCGCCAAACCGUUCCACCAGUGUUACAGCAACAACCACGGUAUGAAUAACUAAGCUUUCCUGAAACAAGAGGGAUCGUUUCAACAUUUAAAUCCUCCCUGCUUUAAAGCCUUUUCGUUUGAAACACAAUAGGAAAAGCCUGAUGACAGGUACACAGAUGAAUUGCCAUGGGGCAGGGGGAGGGGGAGAAACUGCUUAUAGUUUGGACAUUUGGGGUACUGUCAUGAUGUUUGAUGGGAUUUUUUUUCAGCAUGCAUGUAAUACAGAGGGAAGUUGCUGUUUACUCUUUUUCAGUAGUUUGGGUUUCUACAUUCUUACCAGCUUGGCAGCAUUUGUUGCUUUCACUUUGCCGUAUCACAGGUUUGCCUAUUGUACUGGUUUACAAUGUAUGACUAAUUACAAUAUAGAUUUUUUUGCCUGCACUUGUAUGUUGUAACAUAUGCACAGUGAUUGUAAAAUCUUGAGCAAGUGUAGUGAAAAAUGGAAGAGCUGCAAGUGUUCUGAGCAGGUGCAAUGGUAUUGGCUAAACCUUUAUUAUUUUUUCCCCCCAAUAAAGCUGUAAUGCUUUUUUGUUAAAAGAUAAGAAGUGCAAGAGGCAUAAAACCUCACAAAAGAGGAUUUAAUGAAGAGACAGACAAUGAUAUAAGCAUAGACAAUAAUAACCUGUUACUGGUGUCUGAAAUUAAAUGGUUUCAAUGAAAAUGUUGAAAUAGUAAGCAACAUGAAAUGUGGGAGGUUAGUGUUUUUAUGUAUCAGGAAUUUUGAGAAGCAGGAACUAAACAGUGUUAGUGCAAAGGGUUGUUGGUUGGUUUGGGUUGUGGUUUUUUCCUAACAUAGCCACCUGAAAAAUAUUCACAGGUAUCAUGAUGUACUGAUUUACUUCACUAUAUAUAUAUAUAUAUGUAUGUUAGCAAAACCUGAGUUACACACCCUUGUAAGGAAUUUAGUAUGGAAAAGAGAGUCACAAGUAUUAAAACUCAUACGUUGUAGAGGUGGGUUUUUCUUUUUUCCCCCUGAAUGAACCAAGUAUUUGAAAGCAUACAUUUUCUAUGUGCAAAGGUAAGGAUAAAUAGCAAAUGGAAUUAAGGCACAGGAUGAUAAUGACUAUGGCUUUAUAAAAAAUAAUAAAAAAAUAAAUCAGAUUUGGUUUCUUCAGCACCUUACAGAUGGCAAAAGCUUCUACAGCAUUUCUCAUGGGUAAAGGAUUAAAAUGAUCACAAUGUACGUAGUCGCUGUAGCAUUUUGUACAUAGGUUUGCUUUUUUUGUACAGAGCCAUUUGAUUGUUGAUUUUAAAACAAAAAUUAAGCUCCUUAUUUGAUCUUUGCCCUCUUCACAUCUAGAGCAUUUCAAUGGGUUUUCCUUUCUUGCUCUAUUUACCGAAGCACACCUGGAUAGUGCAAUUCUGUAAGAUAGCAUUUUAUGCAAAAUUUUAUUAAUUAAAAUAUGGUUUACCAGCCAAAUCUAAAUGUACAUAUGUCUUUAUUACUGAGAAAUGUCAUUAAGACAAAGGUAAAGAAGCAUCUUUGUGCAGCAUACCUUUAUUAUUGCAGAUUUCAUGGCAAAAGCUUUAUAUUCAAAGGCUUUCAGUUUUAAACUAGAUCUGCAUGCAGCUUUGCUGUGAGAUUAAUGACUAUCUUUGAUGCCAUUUAUGAUUGAAGACUUAAAUAUCUGUUGCCUGUGAUAUUUAAAAAGUACUGUUUCUACUCUGUAUCUGAUUUUAGAAAAAUGCAGGUUUUUCAUACCUGGCUUUCAGGUAACUGACUUUGAAUUCCUACAAGCAAAAGGUCUCUGUGGUUUUUUUUUUUUUCUUGGAUAGACUUCUAAUAAAUUUUGCUUGGACU